AUGGACGAAUUGGCAGACAUUAUUCGUGUAUACGAGGCUGAAAAUGAAGAGUUUGAAAAUCUGUUCUACUUGUGUUGCACCGAAGUUGACGAGAUACGAGACGAGAUCAAAGUUGUCAAGGAAAAUCAAAAAUAUUUGCAAUCUAUACAGAAGGUGACUAUAUCGUCCUGUGAUUCCUCUGAAAAGUCUUACGAUAACAAAUGUAUUUGCUCGACAUUGAAAGAAGAAAUAUGGAAGUUGCGAAUGGAAAUUAUAUUGAAGAAUAAAAAGAUUCAGGCGCUGGAGCAGCAAAUACAUGGCAGAAAUGCCCUUCAUAAGAUUUGUAAAAAACGAUUACAACAACUAUCGAGGGCACACAGUUAUAAAAUUAGCAAUCUAAAAAUGGAAAUUGAACAAAUACGGAUGGCUAUGUUGUGUAUAAAGGCGAAAGAAUGUGAGGACGAGAUGAUUCAUGAAAUUGAAGAAGAAGAAUCAGAUCUUGAGGAAUGUAAUUUGAUUUCACCUAAAAAGGAAAUCAAGGAAGAGAUACAGAAAAUUAGAAAUAAGUUGCUGCUUUCCUUAAAUUUAUGA